UCCUCCUCCUCCUCCACCAUGGCCACCUCACAGAGCCGACUGCCGGCAGCCGUGGCGCUGCUGCUGCUGGUGGCGACAGCCACGCCGGCGCGCGCCAGGAGGUUCGGCCGCUGCGAGCUGGCCAGGGAGCUGCGCUACCGCCACGGCCUGCCCUGGGACCAGCUCGCCACCUGGGUCUGCAUCGCCAACUACGAGUCCAACUUCGACACCGCGGCUGUCGGCCGCCUCAACGGCGACGGCAGCCUCGACCACGGCAUCUUCCAGAUCUCCGACAAGUACUGGUGUUCGCCGCCGGGCCACGGCUGGGCGUGCGGCAUCUCCUGCGACCGGCUGCAGGACGACGACAUCUCGGACGACGUGACGUGCGCGCGCCGCAUCCACUCCGAGCACCAGCGGCUCUCCGGCGACGGGUUCAACGCGUGGACCGUCUACCGCCAGCACUGCAGCGGCGGCCGCGCCGGCCGCUUCCUCAACGGCUGCUUCUGGGCUCGUGAUUCAGCCGAGCCGUGCGCGGGCGGACUUUGCCCAGUUUGGCGUCGGCGAGGAGUGCCGAUUGCCGGUAGCCGCCCGCGGCUCCCUCCCCCACCGCUCCCGCGGCGGCUGGCGCGUCUUCCCACGGCGCCCCCACCUGCGGCGGCCGCUCGCUGGGCCCGGCGCCGCGCUCGCCACACCAGUCUCCCAGCAUCCUCCGACGCGAUGCGACGACCUCCUCAGACUCUGACGCUGCCGGCGCUGAUUUCGACGGCGCUGGCGGCCGGCGCGUGGCUGGCGCUGGCGCGCGCCAAGACGUUCGAGCGCUGCGAGCUGGCGCAGGAGCUGCGCUACCGGCACGGCCUGCCCGCGGCCCAGGUGCCCACCUGGGUGUGCAUCGCGCGCUUCGAGUCGCUCUUCAACACGUCCGCCGUGGGCAGGCUCAGCGGCGGCAGCCUCGACCACGGCCUCUUCCAGAUGUCCGACGCCUACUGGUGUUCGCCGCCAGGGCGCGGCACCGCCUGCGGCCUGUCCUGCGACAAGCUGGUGGACAACGACAUCUCGGACGACGUGGAGUGCGCGCUGCGCGUCUACCGCGAGCACCAGCGGCUCUCCGGGGACGGCUUCAACGCCUGGGUGGUCUACCAGCGCUUCUGCAGCCGCGGCCGCGCCGACCACUACGUCGACGACUGCUUCGAGAAGCCGGUCAACGCCAACGUCGUCUGACGGUCGGGCGCUCAGUCCACUGGACGCCACGUGCCCCUCACCAGUGCGCACUACUUCAGUGACAUCAGUUUAUAAAUCUGAUAAUCUAAGACGAAUUUUAUGGGGCGUCUUUGUGUCCCCCUCUUCGUCACCUUAAACCCUCACCCCCGUCCUCGCACCCCCCUCCCUCCCCCCCUCGCUCUCCCAUCUGGAAAGGAGUCGUUUUGGGCAGAUACGGUUUACAUAUAAUCAUCACCAAUCAACAUCGUCAGCUAUUAGUAGUAUUUAAUGAGAUUCCAUUCUACCACGCAAAGUGUGCAGCCUAUCUCCGAUGUGGAAUUUAUGAAACUCUCCUUUUGAGUCAUCUUUGGAAAAGUUCAGGAGUCAAUCUGUUUUACAGAGCCAAAGGAAAUGCUAUGCCAUUUAUAUUGGUAAACUUAAACUUCACGUAUCAUUUCUUCUGCACAUAUUUUUCAUAUUCUUUCUCAUUCUGCCGCUCAGA